AUGGCUCUUCCCAAAGUGGACAGACCUAUCCCCGCAAUGGUCCUUACACCCCAUGCCAACUACAACUCUCCCGGUCAACUGUCACCAGUGGCAUCGACAGGUCAACCCAGCACUUCCUCCUUGCCUCAUACCGCUUCCAGUGAUUCUUACUUCCCUCCAUCAGGUGGCCCACCCAGGUUGCGGAAGACAUCUACUGGCAGUUUCUCAAAGCUCUCGGAGUUCUCGCUCGACGGUCCAUUGCUUGAUGAGAAGGAAAGAUACGCGCCAGAAGCCGAUGCGGAGGUUCCGACUAACAGUAUCAAUAACGUGAAACACGUAUCUUUGAGCGUUGAUGCUUCAGAAUGGAGACAUCCAGUAUUCAAGCAAAAAGUCCUAGGUAUACUGCGACGAUUGGUGAGUUAUCCCUCAGGGGAGAAGUAG